UCCAUCAGCCUCCUCGUCAUUGCUUUGGUGUUUUUGUGACACGCCUUGGAAACAGGUGGCUUAUUGGCAGUUCGGCUCAUACGAGCAUAGCAAAAGACAUUUAUCACACCUACCUCUAGUCUCUUACCUCAAUGAAGAUCCGACAGUGGUGUUUUAGGCUAAGCCCGCUUCAUAUGGACGAGAUAAGUUGGAGACCAGAUCAACCCCACAAACUUGGGUCCUGCCUUAAGGCUAGGAUUGCCCAACCUCAAUUCACGUCAGCAUCUCGUUGUGAAACGCUGUUUGCCAGCACUGUAAACUCCAUAUUCUCAGCGUCUCCAAAAAGAGGUCAAGCUUUUCGCUCCUCGUGUUCUCGGGCUCUAACAUCGACAGUGGGGCAGGGCUGGACGUUGGGGGCUGGCCAUGAUGAUAUCAGCUGUGCCAAGCGAGCACAGGCGGCAUCGUGCGUUGUUAAUUUCAUCAAGUUAAUGAUUAUGUACCGCAGUUUACAAUCCGGGCCAUUCCAAGUAGGAUCAGGUUCGAGAUGGGAAACCAGACAAGGAGAUCAAGAGCUGGAUCAAUUAUGUAUUUGUUAACGUCAAGCGAUGGAAAUCAGGGUUCUUGUUGUCCACACUUCCGGGCUGGGUAUAUACGGAGUUUGGACGUAUUGGAGAUCGGAGCUGCAGUCGCCACGCCCCGUUACCGUCGGAGCUGCAUGUCA